CAUGAUCCUAUCGGAGCAUCCUGACGUCUUCUCCCGAAGCACAAAGUGAAAUCGCGCCUCCUCCUCCCAAGGACGAGCCUCCUGCAGGAUUACAACCGUCCUGUUCUGGAGAGCUGAGGGGUUUUCCCGCGGGAUGCAGAUCGCCUCCUCCUGCAUCAGCACCACUACCGGAGGUUCGUUGGGCCGAGCAGGACAGCCGGGAUUCAACCACCGAGCAGGCUGAGGAGGAGCUUCAUGUCGGACCAAAGAGCCUCGCCAGACACGGCACUGUCCCUCAGAGAACGGGCUGAAGAGACAACCCAGGCUCCACCUGAGGCUCUGAGGUUAGAAGAUCCCGUCUCCUAAAGGCUGAGGGAGCCAUGACAGGAGGCGGCAGGAGGAGGAGGCUGUGUCAGCAGGAGGAACCCGGACAAACAGGAUCAGAACUCCGAGUUUUCUACCCCGCCGUGGCCUCCUGAGCAGACAGCAGAGAUGAUUGUUGGUUCAUGAGCUGCUCCAAACCUUCUCAGCGUCCUGAUCGUCUCCACGUUUUCAACAGCAGCUACGAUUGUUCCAGACACCACAGACAGAGACACGGUCCAUCGGCUUUAAACUACCAACCGAUUCCAGACUGGAGAAACCAACCUGAGGGUACUCGUUCUGGAUGUUCGGACUAAUAUUGGACCAAGACUCCAUGAUGAACCACGUUCACACCAGUCUGGGCUCGGAUACCACAGAGAAGGCUCGGCUAGAGCUGAACGAAAACCCAGAUACUCUCCACCAGGACAUCCAGCAGGUGCGGGACAUGAUCGUGACCCGACCGGACAUCGGGUUUCUGAGGACAGACGACGAGUUCAUCCUUCGCUUCCUCAGAGCCAGGAAGUUUGACCAUGUGGAGACGUUCCGACUGCUGGCCCAGUACUUCCAGUUCCGACAGCAGAACCUCGACAUGUUCCAGAGCUUCAAGGUGGAUGACCUUGGCAUCAAGCGAGCGCUGAUGGACGGUUUUCCGGGCGUGUUGGACAUUCCAGACCAACAUGGGAGAAAGAUCCUCAUUCUGUUUGCCUCUAACUGGGACCAGAGCAGGAACUCCUUCGUAGACAUCCUCCGGGCCAUCCUGCUCUCGCUGGAGGUCCUGAUAGAAAAACCGGAGCUGCAGAUCAACGGCUUCACCCUCAUCAUCGACUGGAGCAACUUCUCCUUCAAACAGGCCUCCAAGCUGACGCCCAACAUCCUGAAACUGGCCAUCGAAGGUCUCCAGGACAGCUUCCCGGCCCGGUUCGGAGGGAUCCACUUUGUGAACCAGCCCUGGUACAUCCACGCCAUGUUCACCAUCAUCAAACCCUUCCUCAAAGACAAGACCAGGAAACGGAUCUUCCUCCAUGGUAACAACCUGAACUCACUCCAUCAGCUCAUCCAGCCCGAGUGUUUACCGUCGGAGUUUGGCGGAACGCUGCCUCCCUACGAUAUGGGAAUCUGGGCCCGGACGCUGCUGGGACCCGACUACACAGACGAGACGGAGUACACGCUGACGUACGACGCCCUCCAUGUUAGGGAGAGCUGUGGAGGAGGAGGAGACAAGGACAAGAUGAAGAGGUCUCAGUCGACGGUGGAAGCAGGAACCCUCCGACAGACGGGCAGAGAGACCAGCACGCCACUGCUGGCUCUGGACUGAAACACAGCUGUCCAGAUGUUCCCAACACCACAACGCUGUAGUGGGAGUUACCAUAAGAGCGCUCGCCUGAACACGGCGAACGCCAAAACCAAACGUUUCAUUUCCACCGUGAAACCUGGAGGUUUAACCGACCAUAACUAGUUUAACUAGUUCAGUAACAAUUGUUUUUGUAGAAUAUUGAUAAAAGAACAAACAGCUGACAAAUCCUGUAAACGUUCAGUUUUAUAUUUCAGCUGAGGAUGACCACAAACGUUUUUGUUAGUUCCGUUUUCAUUUUUCCAGCUCGCAAAAAUAAGUUUUAAACGGAAUCAAAAUGUCAAAAGUUUCAGAUCAAAAUUCAGAAACCAAGAAUGAUAAAUAUUGGUGUUUAGGUAUCAGAUGUUUGUUUAUGAGCAGCUCUGUCGCCCCAGUGGCCACAAAGGGAAUCGGCCCCUCCCCAGAUGAUUGUAUGUUGUUGUUUGUACGGUUCCACUGGUAAACGACACAGAAUAAACAAUGUUACACGACAGAUUAUAGAGCUAGAUAAUCCAGAGCAGCAGCAGGAAUCAUCAUCAGGGCUUCGAUCAGCUGUAACAAGUUUCCUUUAAUGAAUGUAAAAAAAUAAACAUUUACACCAAG